AUGUGCAGAGCUAGGAAUAAUGAAUUUCUGUUUCUAUGGGACUAUUUAUUGAUAUGAGCUGAAGUUGGGUUUUUAGGUAUUUUUGGGUAUUAUAUAUCAAUAAAUAAAAAUCCACCUGAAUCUGUAGCCCUUUUUCCAAGAAAGGUAUCACUGUUUUUCACAACCAUCGGAAUGAUCCCAAGCUUUAUGAUAAUACUGAAUAUUUUUAAGUAUUCUAUAAUUGGAUCGUCUUCAACAGAAGAAUAUAAUGGAAAUGCCAAAGGGAGCGAUUUAAAUUAUAGUUACUUUGGGAUUUUAUUCCCUUUAUUCUCUAUUUUGAUAUUGCUUCUUUUCAAUUUUUCUUUUGAAGUGUUCUCAUGUGAUAUGCAGCACACACACCACAAGAAAAACAUAAAGGCAAGAUGCUCUUCACAAUUGAGCUUGCAAAAUAGAGCUUUUUUCCUAUUUAUGUGUAUUCUUUAUGUCUCAUGUGGAAAAGAAAAUAUUUUGGUAUUACAAGUAUCAGGCUUAAUACUAUCACUGUAUCUGGUUAUUAAAAAUAUAUGAAGUUUACAGUAUUUCAAUAGCAUUGAAAAUAGUAUUGAAAUAUUCAAAAUUACUUCAAUUUCAUUGACCUUACUAAUUUUUAUUUUUGGCGAAGUCAUGGAUAAUUCAGAGAUUAUCAUGAUUUUUAGUAUAAUUUUACAGCCAAUUGCUGCCUAUUUAAUUGUAAAACUUGUGUUCCACAGAUAUAAAAAACUAAAAGAAAAUAGUGAAAUUCAAAAAACCAAUACGAAUUUGAAAGAAAAUUCAGGCAUAUUCUGACUGGGGAAAAUAAAGAAAAUGAUAUAG